AUGAGCGCUGCACAGCCUGUCAGAUGCCUGUUCUGCAGCUUCUCGCGAGCAGCUGGCUUUGGCGCUCGCGUGCCUGUGAGGCGACAGUUUCAUACUGCAACUGCGCUUUUCUCUCGCCAGCCACCACUCCCCAAGCCAACUCCCGUUGUAGAGGACACUGACAAGAAGACUCUCGACGAAAUCGAGAAGAGCGUCAAAUCUUCUGAUUUUCAAGAGUACACCAAGAAGCAAAUCGAGUCUCUGUCCGAGGAGUACUCGGAAGACCAGGUUGCUGCCAUCCUGGCUGGCGAAAAGGCCAUCGAUCCCAAUGACUUGGCCGAGCAAUUCGCCAUCCGCAGAGACCCGAUGAAACUGCAAUACCUCGAUGAUUUCUCAACGGUCGAGCCAGUAGUUGACAGGCACUCGCGCGCACCCGAGUCGAACUCCGAUUGGAACGCCACGUUGAAGUCGGAAGAUGAUUUCGCAGAAGACUUUGCCAAGUUCUUUGCUGAAAUGCCGGAGAAUGCCACGGCAGCAGACUGGGUUCGAUUCACGGAAAACUUGCGAUUGACAAAGGGAAAGGAGGAGAAUGAGCGGAAUCCCAGCAGUGCUCUCGUGCCAGAUAUCUUCGAGGAAGGCGAGACUCUCACCAAAGGCCGCAAGGAAGAGCAAGCUACUACUGAAAAGAAGAAGAAGGGCGGUGAUAAGAGUAACGAAGAAAUCACGGAUGCCUUGAAGAGGCUGAUGCAGUCUACUGGGUAUACUCUGGACAAGAUCCGAUCGCUCAAAGUGAAGACACUGGUCUCGCACGCAGUCGUUAACCAGACUCGUCUUGGAAAAGUCCGCCGACAGUAUUGUCUUUCUGUCGCGGGCAACGGUGACGGAUUGCUGGGCAUUGGAGAGGCCAAAUCUGAAGAAGCGAGUGAUGCCAUGACGCAGUCCAAGUACCGAGCUAUUCGCAACAUGCAGCCUAUUCUCCGUUACGAGAAUCGCACCAUUUAUGGAGAUGUCAAGGGCAAAGUUGGAGCCGUUGAAUUGAAGCUUAUGAAUCGGCCUCCAGGAUUCGGUCUUCGCUGCCAACACUUGAUCUACGAGAUGGCUCGUGCAGCUGGUAUCCACGACUUAGCAGCCCGAGUAGACCGAUCUCGCAAUCCAAUGAACACUGUCAAAGCAACCUACGAAGCAUUAACUGCGCAGAAAGACCCGGAAGACAUAGCUCGUGCACGAGGCAAGAAGCUUGUCGAUGUGCGCAAGGUUUAUUAUGCUGGACGAGUCUAA